AUGGCCGCCGGCGCAGCACCAGCGACGUCAAGCGCACCCAAACGCCGGACAGCGGAGUUUCAUGAAAGCGUUUGGGGGGACUUCUUCAUUACUCACGUCCCCGAAACUGAUGAGGUGGUAAAUGGUUGGAAUGAACAAAUUGAAGUACUGAAGUCCAAUAUAGCGAGUAUGUUAUCAUCUCCGGCCGACAACAAAACAAUGGAUCUCAUUGAUUUGAUUGAGCGACUCGGUAUUGACUAUCAUUUUGAGGAAGAAAUAGAACAAAUUCUUGGACAAGAGUACGGAAAUAUUGCUAGCGGCGGUAACAAUUACAAGGAUGAUGACAACCUCCAGACCGUUGCACUCCGUUUCAGACUGUUGAGGCAACAUGGAUGUAACGUCUCAAGUGAUAUAUUCAAGAGGUUCAAGAGUGAUGAAGGAGAUGAGUUCAAGCAAGAAAUAGUGAGUGACCUGGAAGGCUUGCUGAGCUUGUACGAGGCUGGAUAUCUACGGACGCAGGGGGAGAGUAUACUAGACGAAGCUGUCGACUUUACAAAACCACACCUAGCUGCCGCCGCCGCCGCCGCCGAGGACUCAACUCUCGCCGAGCGGAUUGCCCAUGCUCUGAAAUGGCCCCACCGCAAAGGCAUGAAAAGGGUCGAGCAUCUCUUCUUCAUAUCUAUCUAUGAAAAAACUCAAGGGCACGAUGAAGGACUCUUGAAGCUAGCCAAGUUGACCUUCAAUGUGGUGCAACACUUGUACCAGAAGGAGCUCAGAGUUCUCACCAAGUGGUGGAUCGAGCUGGAUCUGCCAAAAAGGACGUCUUAUGCGCGAGACAAAUUGGUCGAGGUUUACUUCUGGGCGAUGGGAUGUUUGUGGGAGCCCAAAUAUUCUCUGGCCAGAUACUGUUUCACCAGGGUUACGACUAUCGGAUCGGUUUAUGAUGACACAUACGAUGCAUAUGGUACCAUUGAGGAACUCGAGGACUUCACGGCCGCCAUCCACAGGUGGGACACUAGCAUGCAAGGCAUAGAACCAAAAAUGAAAAUCAUUUUUGAGGCGAUUACUGAUUCGUACGAUGCCAUUCACGAAACGACAACGGAGGAAUUCGGAAGAUCGUAUUGUUGGGAUUAUGGAAAAUCGGCGCUAAAAUAUGUUGUAAGUUUAUACCUAGAAGAAGCGCGAUGGCUGGACAAAGGUUAUGUGCCGAGCUUAGAGGAAUAUAGACGUGUUUCUUCGGUUAGCACUCUCUACCAAUGGUUGGCGUUUGCGGCAUUCUGCGGGAUGGGCGAAUCUGCUCCCAAGGAAGUCUUCGAUUGGUUAUUCACGGAACCCAAAUUGUUCGUAGCUUCCUCGGAACAUUGUCGUCUGGUGGAUGACGUUGAAAGCCACGAGUUUGAGCAGGAUAGAGGUCAUGCUCCAUCGUCUGUGGAGUGUUAUAUGCAACAAUAUGGUGUGUCGAGAAAGGAGGCAAUCGAUGUCCUGAAUGACUUGGUGGAGGAGAACUGGAAGAUAAUAAAUGGAGAGUUAUUAAAUCCGCCCGCUCAUGUACCGAAAGAAAUUCUUUUGAUAUUUCUUGGUUUUGCUCAGAUUAUGGAGGUGCUCUACGCAGAUGGCGAUGGCUACACCAAUUCUAAGACCACCACCAAGGACAUGCUUAUUGCUCUGCUCGUCACUCCGUUUAAUGUUUAA